AAAACUGAAUAGUGCAGCUAUGGCUCCGAGUGUGCAAGGCGAGUGGAUCAAGGUCGAGCAGAAAGGAGGACAGACACCAGGACCGAGAAGCUCACAUGGCAUAGCCGUGGUCGGAGACAAGCUCUACUCGUUUGGUGGCGAGUUAACUCCCAACAUUUCCAUCGACAAAGACCUUUACGUCUUUGACUUCAACACUCACACUUGGUCAAUCUCUCCGUCCAAGGGAGUAGCCCCUGACGUCAAGGCCUUGGGCACCCGCAUGGUGUCCGUGGGAACUAAGCUCUAUCUAUUCGGAGGCCGCGACGAGAAUAAAAAGUUCGAUGACUUUUAUUCGUACGAUACGGUGACAAAUGAAUGGACAAAACUGACCAUUCUGGAUCAAGAGGGAGGACCCGAGGCUCGAACUUACCACUCCAUGGCUUCGGAUGAAAACCAUGUGUAUGUAUUCGGUGGAGUGAGCAAAGGAGGGACCAACAAGACACCCUUUAGGUUCAGGACCAUCGAGGCCUAUAACAUUGCUGAUGGGAAAUGGUCUCAGCUUCCUGAUCCUGGUGAGCAGUUCCCAAGGUUCGAGAGAAGAGGAGGAGCUGGAUUCGUUGUGGUGCAAGGAAAGAUUUGGGUGGUUUACGGGUUUGCAACUUCUCCUGAUCCUAAUGGAAAAAAUGACUAUGAGUCCGACCAAGUGCAGUUUUAUGACCCGGCUACUCAAAAAUGGACCGAAGUGGAGACUAAAGGAGACAAACCUUCUGCGAGGAGCGUGUUUGGACAUGCGGUUGUGGGGAAAUAUAUACUGAUAUUUGGAGGAGAGACCUGGCCGGACCCAAAGGCACAUUUGGGACCAGGGACGUUGUCUGAUGAAGGGUUUGCUUUGGACACUGAGACACUGGUGUGGGAGAGGUUUGGAGGAGGAGCUGAACCGGGUCAACUCGGUUGGCCCGGUUACACGACUGCCACCGUGUAUGGAAAGAAAGGUCUCCUUAUGCAUGGGGGAAAACGUCCGACCAACAACCGAACCGAUGAGCUCUACUUCUACGCAGUUAAUUCCGCGUAACUAAUGCUCUCACUCUCGUGGUGUGUUUGUGUGGUUAAAGGUUUGUGAGACCUACGAAAACAGCCAAUUUAUCUACCUGUGGCUG